CAACCCUGAGAUUAAAAGACUUCUGCUCUACCAACUGAGCUGCCCAGCAGCUAGGGUUCAGGAGGCGCGCACAUCAGCUGUUUAGCUCCCUCCCAUGAAGUCUGUCUUCAUGGUUAGAAUCAGGCAGGCGCACUGGCACACAGAAAGGCGUAUUGUAAAACAAAAGCAAAAAAUCCCAACAACACACAUGCUGCAGAGGCAACAACCUAUGGUGUUUUGGUGCCUGAGACAGAAAAUCCAUAGUGUGCACGGCAAUGAUCACAAGCAACCAUGCCAUGUUUGAAAGGGUAGGGGAUGGCAAAGUUUUCCCCCCAGAGGUGGUGGUAACUGUGGAAGGGAUAGCCCCUGUAGCAGACAGCAAAUUUAACUGAGCAUCAGAUUCCUGCACCCCAUGGUACUCCACAACCAGCCAACUCAUAACUCCACAUGCUCCCUCCAAACGUCUCCUGGUCCUUUCGUCUACUUCUUUUAAUUUUUACAAUUUAUUUUUAAUUUCAAGUAAUGGAACAUAUCCAUACAAGGAUUAGUAGCUGUACAGCAAAGAAAGCAAAAUAGCGGCUGACGGUUGUCGUUUUAGACGUUCCAAGAAAGGCAAUCUAGCGAAAGCGUAUCUCCAUAAGGUUCAAGGAGUUGACGGAGGGUGAAAACUAUGUUCAAUUGCCUUAACAAAGUCUCUCUGAUCCUUUCCUAAUUGAAAGCUGGUGACAAACUGCUUCUUUGCCCCUCCGCUUAGAUAUGAGGAGUGUCUGUUCCCAAACGCUCCUGGGUGUUGCAUUCUAAACAAGGCUGCCAGCUUCCCAGCUAUCAGAAAAAACAUAUUAAGUUAUUAAGGACUACAGCAGUUCUUUUGUUAAGGCCCCUGGCAGCUCAUCAGCUGGGCGUUCCCCAUUAUCAAGAUGGCCAAAUUCAUGACGUUAUGAAAGAUGAAACUUUAGAACAUGAGUGUUUCUCCCUCCUCCCUCUUUUUUAUUGUUUAAAUCUCAUAAUAAUUAAAGUCACGGGGGUGGGGAUGCCCUUGUUUUUUAAGCAGGAGGCUUGUGGCUUUUUGCAUAUGCAUACCAAUAACAUGCAAGCCAUUUAAAUGUUUGAAAUAAUAGUCACUUGAGAUGCAAACUCCCUCUGCUGGUCUCUCCAAAUAGCACAUAUGCUUUCAAGCCAUGCCAGGGUGAAGGGAGAUUGCCAAAGCCAGAUGAGGUGGAGAAAUGGAAGUAGCAGAAAGUUAACUAUUUGAAGACACUGCAGGAUGCAUGAGGCUUUGAAAGUCCUGGACCAGCUUCAGAAAAUGGGAAUUGGGAGCACGGUAUUACAGUGGUCCCAAUCCUGCCUUCAGAACCAAGUCCAGAGAGUAGCAUUGGGAGAGUGCCCCCUGGUGGCUCUUAUGAGGUGCUGCAGGGAACUGUCUUACCUCCACUGAAGCCGCUGGGAGUGGUCAUUAGGAGUUUGGGGGCAAGGUGCCAAUGGUUAUUUCUCCUUAACCAUUGAAUCAAAAGAGGCUGCUGCGCAGUUCCUGGGCCAUUGCCUGGAUGCAGCGGUGAAAUGGAUGAGCUUAAACAAGCUGAGCUUGUAUCCUGGCAAGACAGAGGCGCUAAGGGAGCCAAAACCACUGCAGUCAUGGCGGAACUUCAACGUCUUCCCUCCUUGAGACGAGUUGCCGUUUGUGGGGGCACUCAUGGGAAUGAGAUGUCGGGAGUUUUCCUGGCCAAGCACUGGCUCAGGGACCCCUCUGAGUUGCAACGCGGCACCUUCCAUGCUACGCCCUUCCUGGGCAACCCACGGGCAGUUGAGCAAUGUGUGCGCUACAUUGGAAGGGAUCUUAAUCGGGCAUUCCUCAAUGAAUUUCUCACCUCCAAGGAUUCAGACCACUAUGAACUUCAACGUGCUCAGGAGAUCAACCAGAGCUUUGGGCCCAGGGGUUCAUCUCAGGCCUAUGACUUUAUGUUUGACCUACAUAACACCACAGCCAACAUGGGCGCCUGCCUUUUUGUGGCCACUGAGCACUGCCUGUUGCCCAUGCACAUGUGUCACUACAUUCAGAAACAUUACUCAUUGGGGCCCUGCACCAUCUUCCUUUAUCAGCAGCCAGGAGAGGAGACUAUUUACCUCACUUCAGUGGCCAAAGCUGGACUAGCGUUAGAGCUGGGUCCUCAGCCCCAAGGAGUGGCGCGAGCUGACUGCCUUGCUCAGAUGAGAUCCAUCAUGGCCUGUGCUCUGGACUUCAUUGAGCUUUUUAACAAAGGCACAUUGUUCCCAGCCUUUGAGGUUGAAGCAUACAAGGUGGUUGAACGUGUGGAUUUCCCCCGCUAUCCUGAUGGUGAGAUCUCUGCUGUGAUACAUCCCAAUCUGCAGGAUAAAGAUUUCCAGCCCCUGAAGCCCGGGGACCCCAUUUUCCAGACGCUCGGUGGAGAUGUGAUUCUGUAUGAGGGUGACAGCAUCACCUACCCAGCCUUCAUCAAUGAGGCAGCCUAUUAUGAGAAGAAAGUGGCCUUCGUCAAGAUGGAGAAACGCACAUUCGCCCAACCUGCACUGCAGAAGGAACUUUAAAUAAGUCAUGUUUAAUCCUGGGAACAAAGCAGACAUCACCAGAAGCCAGUUCAAAUGAAUACAUUUUAUAUCCUCUAAGAAGCCUCUGUAGUGUACCUCGCCCAGGCACCAUAUACUGCAUUUGCACAUAAAAUGAAGAGUCCUUGUAUAAUUUCAUAGUUUAUUACUGGAGACAGCUCUAUCUUGUGCUUAUAGGAUACGAUAACAUCAUUCUCUGAAACAGUAGUUCAUUGCCUUUUCAUCCAAAGAAUUUGCACUGGGCUGGUCCCCCUGCAAGUUUUCUAGAUUGCCUUUUAAUAUCUGUGGGAUGGAUCUGUUCUGUUGGAGUGGAUCACUGUGUUCUAAUAUGGUUAGAGUUAGCAUGGAUACAAGGUGUGAGUCUAGAUUCAAAUCCUGUGAUCUAGUCAGGACUGCCUGAGCCAUUUUAGCUCUGGCUCAGCUGCUCUACCCCCCAAAUGUCCUCCUUCAUGAGGGUGGCCACAAAAAUAAAAGGAUGCUUAUUUGCAUAAUCUAA